AUUGACUCUAUUUUCAAGAAAUUAACUGCGAAGAGAAACUAUUUCUUUCACCUAAUUUCCCCUCCAAAAUCUCAAUCUCCACUUCUCUCCUUCUCUCUCUCUGGUCUUUCCCUCGGGCAGAGAGGUCUGGUUGCGUCGUUCUCGUCCGGGACCAUCUAGGGUUUCGGGGUUGCUCCAUUCACUUUUCUCCAGUUGGGAAUUCUCCGGGAAAGUUUGCAUUUUUGAAAAAAAAAGGAUCCAGAGGAAUAUCCUCCCGGUUCCCUUGCUGCUGAGUAUUCGGAGACCCUUUCAGUGAAGCAGGUUUUCUAGGGUUUCAAGACGGAGGGCUUUAAGAGAAAAUGCCCGCUCGCAGAUCCAAGUCGGAGAAGAAAGGUGGGGAGAAGCAGCUCCGUCGUGACCCCUACGAUGUUCUUGGCCUCUCCAGGAACUGUACGGAUCAGGAAAUCAAGAGCGCCUACAGGAAAAUGGCUCUCAAGUAUCAUCCUGAUAAGAACGCGAAUGACCCAGUCGCUGCUGACAUGUUUAAGGAAGUCACCUUUUCCUACAAUAUCUUGUCUCAUCCAGAAAAACGUCGCCAGUAUGAUGCAGCUGGUUUUGAGGCUGUUGAUGCAGAAAGCAAAGAGCUGGAACUAGAUCUUUCAAGUCUAGGGGCUGUGAACACUGUGUUCGCAGCUCUGUUUAGUAAACUCGGUGUGCCGAUUAAAACCACAGUAUCUGCCACUGUCUUGGAGGAGGCGCUUAAUGGAAGGGUCUCGGUCGUUCCUCUUAUACUUGGGCAAGCCAUGUCUAGGAAGGUUGAAAAGCAAUGUGCUCACUUUUAUUCUGUCACUAUAGCCGAAGAGGAGGCAAGGUCUGGUUUAGUCUGCCGUGUGGAAUCAUCUAACAAAAGCAAGUUCAAGUUACUGUAUUUUGAUCAAGACCACAACAUUGGACUGAGCUUAGCAUUGCAGGAGGACAGCAGAAAAACAGGCAAGUUAACAACUGCCGGAAUGUACUUUCUUGGUUUCCCUGUCUAUCGGUUGGAUCAAACUGUCAAUUCGAUGGCUCAAGCAAAGGAUCCAGAAUCAGCCUUUUUCAAGAAACUUGAUGGAUUUCAGCCUUGUGAAGUUACUGAACUGGAGGCUGGUACUCAUGUCUUUGCAAUCUAUGGUGACAAUUUUUUCAAAAGCGUGAACUACACGAUAAAAGUAGUAUGCGCUGCCCAUUUCACGCAAGAAAAGGAAGAUCUUAGGUCCAUAGAAGCCGAGAUUCUAACAAAAAGGGCAGAACUGGCGAAGUUUGAGACGGAGUACAGGGAAGUACUUUCCCAAUUCUCAGAGAUGACAAGUAGAUAUGCCCAAGAGAUGCAAUCCAUAGAGGAGCUCUUGAAACAAAGAAACGAAAUUCAUGCAGCUUACACGAUAGCAGCUCCAAUGAAGCGGAGCUCGAGCAAGAACAAGAGCGGAAGGAACUCAUUGGAGAAGACAGCGGCAAGGGAGGAGGAGGAAGAGGAAGAAGAAGAAGAGAGCAGCAGACGGAACAGGAACAGGAAAACAGGAGGCGCGUGUGAAAAGUCGGUAAGAAUGAAGAAGAGAUGGUAUAAACUACAGUUGAAAGCGCAUAAGAAAAAGCAUUUCUAGUUCUCUCUCUCUUUAUAUGCCUCUGUAAAAUUCUUGGGGUAAUUUUUUUUCUUCCUUCCACGCUAUUUAUUUCACCCCCUCGCCCUCGAGGUUGGUCCAUUUGUAUAUCUUCCUUUUGCAUGUAUUAUUACAUUAUUCAACAAAAUUAUAUGUUUUUAUUCUAUAUUAA